AUGAAUUAAGAUAAAGAAUGGAGUAUAGAUGGUUGGAAAAAGCAUUCGGCCUUAUAGUUACCAAUAUACGCAGAUGCUCAACUAUAUUAAGAUACUCUUUAAAAAAUAAAAAAUCUUCCAGGAAUCUUAAAUUUUGAAGAUAUCAAUGCUUUCAAGAAUUAAAUGAUUCGAGUUAGUAAAGGCGAGAAAUUUGUUCUUUAGUUGGGUGAUUGUGCAGAAGUAUUUGAUGAAUGUACCGAAAAACACUGGAAAGAGAAAUUUAGUUUUUAUGAUCGCAUGGGCUAAAUUUUAGAUGCAAUAGUUAUUGGUAGGACUUGUGGAUAAUUUGCCAAACCACGGUCAUAGUUACUUGAAAAGGAUGGCACAUUAAAUUAUAGAGGCGAUUUAAUUAAUUCAUUAAGCAGAGAUGAGAGAGAUCCUGAUCCUUCGCGUUUAUUAUUGGGAGCACAUUACACUAAAAAGGGUAUAGAGACUCUAAAACAGUAUGAGGGCUCACAAAUUUGGGUUUCACAUGAAUGUUUACAUCUUGGAUAUGAAUCAGCAUUUGUGAAAUAAAAUUAAGAUAAGUAGUAUUACUUAUCGAAUACUCAUUUUCCUUGGAUAGGGGACAGGACAAGAUUGCAUGAUCAUGCACAUUCAAAUUUUAUUAAGGGCAUUUACAAUCCUGUUGGAAUUAAGAUUGGACAAACAAUCAAUAAGACAGAAUUUGUUAAUGUGUUUAAAUUAAUAAAUCCAAAUAAUGAAGAUGGAAGAGCAUUUGCUAUUAUUAGAUUAGGCAAAAAUAAAUUAGACAAAUUGAAAGACAUAAUUCAGUGGAAAUAGGAGGAAAAGUUAAAUAUUUCAUUCUUUUUGGAUCCUAUGCAUGGUAAUAAUCUUGAUAAAGGUGGUCGUAAGAUUAGGAAAAUAGAGGACAUUAUGUAUGAAAUCUAAUAAUUCUUUGCAAUUCUUGAACAAGAGAAUGAAUCUCCUGCAGGAUUACAUUUGGAGUGCACACCUUAUGAUGUGACUGAAUGUAUAGAAAAUGAUGAAGACAUCAAUCCUAUUAAAUAUACUACUGCUUGUGAUCCUAGAUUGAAUUCCAGACAAACUAGAAAAAUUAUAAUAUUUGUUAAUACUCUUCUUAAAAAAUUAAGGAAUAAAUAAUGA